AUGAUCGAAAUCCUGUUCGAGGUUGUCGUUUUCCUGAUUAUCUCAUCAACUCUGGCCGUUUGUGUUAUUCCUGAGCCGGUCUGUUUCGCCUCUGUCCUCUGGACUCUUUUCUUUUCUAGGAAAAGGCUUACACUCCACGCGAGCGUCCGCCGUUUAACCAGAAACUGUGGGAGCCAACUCAGGAUGUGUUCGAGAAGAAGCAGUUGAGCGAUCGAUGGAUGAAGCCGCCGAAAGAGGAGAAAUUCCCGACGGCCGCUUUUCCGAUGGCCAAGACGCCCGGAGGACCGGCUAUUCCUGUUCGGGACACUCCAAUUUCUCCGAUUCGGAACGCUGUUUGA